CAAGAAACAGCUAUUAUAUCAGACUAUGUUUUUGCAAGCACUAAAAAGAUCAACCGCUAAAAAUACUGCGACGGGUAAUACAAGACCCAGCUAUCAACUGGCAUCAAGAAGAAGAACAGCAGCAGCAGCAGCAGCAGGCUGCUACUUCAACCAAUCCAAGCGUACCAUGUCGGCGUUUUCAAACAUGGCCGACAACGAUCCCGACACUCUUGAAACCGAAAAGUCCAAGGUGCACACCAAGAAGGAUUGGAAUGGAAAGCUGGCAUCCUACAGCGAGGCGGUGAUUAAGGCGGAACAGGAUGACGACCAUGCGAUAGACAAAUUGCAGGAGGAGUCGGUGCAGGUGUUGGUCCAUGGCAAGGAUGGUCAAGGGAUCCUGUAUCACAACAACACCUCGACAACAACAUCUUGCUAUACUACUGUCCAUGACAACAACAACAAGCAAUAAUAAAAUUGUAUCAUAUCUUUUUCGCCAAGCGAUCUUAAAAGAUGAUGAUUGUGCAUGAUAUUAUGACUGCCAGACAUGCCCAUCAUUAGUAUGAUUACCCGCUACAGUAAUGGGCGAGUGCUAUUAUCAUACUAUCAUCAUUAGCGGUAUCGACCGAGCGGUGGGUGUGCCAAAUCAAGAGCUGAUCUCCACGCUGGUGCAAAAAAUAGCAACAAGCUGCGAGAACCAAAAGACCGUCAAACAAUUGCAUCACAACAGCAAGAGCGUAAAGUUUAAUUUACUAUUGCAACUUUGUGUCUGUGUGACCGUAUGCCUUACAUGGGCAAAAU